ACAGUCAGGUUGGUAGUGUUCGGCGUUAGGGGCUGUACUCUUUGCUUUCAGGAUGUUUUCCCAGGAUUCGUGUUCAAUAUGUGGAUAUCGACUGGUUGAACUUAACAACUGACCUUGGAAAUAAUUCUUUUUGUGGGAAACGUUGUCGGUUUCGUAGCUAAUCAAUAGCCAGAUAAGCGAACUGUUGCGAAGAUCAAGUGUUAGCUGUAUAAGCUAACAACCCUGUUCAAUGGGAGGAGAGGAGUGUGCUGUUCUUUAAGUUUAUAUGAACACGUAUAUUACAAACAUUUAGCUCUUUGUUAGUGGUCUAGGUCUUUCCAGCCAGCUUGCAUUGUUUGUAUUGUGUUUAAAAGCUGCUGUAGAGUAGCGUUACUGCACCAUGCAUAACAAUAAGCACCGUUUACUUUGGGGGUUGACAUCUGUGCCCUUAUCAGUUAUGGGAGAUUGCUUCCAUUGAUGUCGCCGUUCCCUGACCAAAUAAAUGCUAUGAGGUUUCCUAGAAAUAUCUCAGAGGAGGUGUGUUAGGCUAUGAUCGUCGCUUUCAUUUGCAAAGAAUGUCCGACUUGGAAAAAUCCAGUUCAUAUUUUGUUUUGGAGGAUCCACAGUGGCUAUGCAUGGUCACACUUUUUAUCGCAUCCCUGGUUACUCUAACGCUGUACUUGAUACAGUAUUUCCAACAAGGGGGUGUAGGAAGUAAGCAGAUAGCAGGAGCUGACAAUGCGGCGCAGGAGGAAGCCGCUGCUCUGUUGGCAUGGGCGCUGUCACUGAAAAGCUGGAGAAGUCAGUGGAGAGGAGCUUGGUGCAAAGCUUUGACUGACGAAUCAAGGAAGCGUGGGGGUGCAGUUGUACUGACAUUUGAAGAGGGUGAUUUUGAGGCAUCAGAGCUCACAGUCAGCCAUGUGUCUAGCUUCCAGAAGUCUGCCAGGAACAAGGCCGUUUGCUGCAGAGUGGUUGGGGAGAAGCUCCAGUUCUCUGUCUGUGCAGUAUCAGCAGCUACAACAGAUUCUUGUACAUACACAGUUUGCAUAGCUCCACUGGAGGUGCAGCUUGAUCUACAUAUGCAAGAAGCUAACGAUGAAGUCGAGGUGAGCUGGGCCCUGUCUGACCUGAAGACACUGGAGCUGCAGGUGACACCCACUUUGAUCCAGAACAAUGCUUCCAGCGUAGCAGCCAUAAAGGAGCAGCUGAGGCAGCUGUUAUGUGAAACAUGUCCCUCUGUGCUGCUGAGCUGCAGGUCUGCUCAGGCCUCAGAGGUCCAGGAGACCCAAAACAAAGUGGCUUCACCCCCAAAGCCCCCCCGUGCCCACGACUGGAAGCUGCUAGUGAAAAACAUCCGUGUGACACUCAGUCAGGAGGAAGAUGCUGCAGGUAGUGUGAAUCCUCUGUGUGUACUGCAGUUAGAUGAUCCUCCACAGAAGUUUAACACCUCUGUCUUGAAGAGCACAACCAGUCCUGCAUGGGACCAACCAUUUAUCUUUGAAUUGAAUGGGCAAUCAAAAGAACUCAGUAUUCAGUUGAGGAAUGAUGGACAGACUCAAGAGAAUUCCUUACUAGGAGAAGUGACGGUGCCUUUUGAUCUUGUAAAGAAGCAGCCCGAAGGACAGCAAACAUAUGCACUCCUGACCAAAGACAUUGUGACUGGAUCACUUACUACUGACUUCACCUAUCUGGAGCCCAGUGAAGUGAGGUCCUGGCACCCUCCCACCCCAGCCUUCAGUAAGAAGGUGGAGAUGGACCGUACAGUCAUGCCCUGUGGCACGGUGGUCACCACCGUCACCGCAGUGAAGAGCAAGCCAGGCCGACCUCUCCCACUUGGACUUAACACAGAUCCUGUCCAGAAAGCUGUGGCCAACAAGCCGAAGGUGUCUGAACAUCAUGUUGCAGAGCAGACAUCUAUGCUGGGGGCCACAGUCAGCAAAGCCUUGUCCUCUUCUGAUACUGAGCUGCUGAUGCUCAAUGGCACAGACCCGGUGGCUGAGGCCGCCAUCAGGCAACUCCACCAGUCUGCCAAGCAGAAGCUCAAGUCCCCAGUGAAGAAGAGUACCAUCAUCAUCUCUGGCAUCACCAAAACGCCCUUGUCUCAGGAUGAUGAGCUAGCUUUGAUGGCAGGCUAUGCUGCAGCAAUGGAUGCCUCGAUGUCAGAGGGCAGCUCCACUCAGGAUGUGACCACAGCAAUUGUGUCAGGGACCAGUAGUCCUCCAGAGGUGUCAGAGCUCCAGGUAGGACCCAGUGGAAUAGGCCGGCCUCCAGAGGACUGGGAGAGCCAGACAGGAGAAGAACUAGACCAUACCUCUCUAUCCAUGUGUGUGUCUGAGGCAAGCUGCAAGAAGAGUAGAGGCAGCUUCCUACAGAAGAGUGCCAAGCUCUUCUUCCGGCGGCAUCACCAUCGCAAGGAGCCAGGGAUGAGCCAGUCACACAAUGACCUGGUUUACCUGGAGUCUCAGGCCACAGUGGAGCGGGCCAGCCGAACAGCCACACUCAGCCGUAUGCUCCACCGCAAGAGUAAGAAUAAGAGCAAAGCCAAUGGCUCUACCUCCAUGGGGGAGCCACAUGUGUGACACCCCCUGCCCACUUUUUGUUCCACCUCAGUCCAUCUCAUAACAACUGCCAUCACCACUCCCCCUGAAACCUGCACUAGCAAGCUUCCUGACUAAUCUGCUCCGCCUGAUGCCUGAUCUGCAUAUUGUAUAUGGCAGAG